GCCCUCAGAAUCUAUCUCUUAAAAGAAUAAGAAGAAGAAGAAACACAGCAAUAUAAAAUACUUUAAAAAAUCUCAACACUCAUCUUCUUCUUCUUCUCAAUCCAAUGGCUCUCCCAUUGCCAUUGAUCUUCUUCCUCAUGUCCUGGUUCCUAACAAGGACUGAAUCCACGAGCUUCAUCAUGGAGAACAAAUGUGAAUACACAGUCUGGCCAGGACUUCUCUCCAACGCCGGAGUUCCACCACUUCCAACAACAGGCUUCACCCUCCAAAAAGGCGAAGAAAGAACCAUCACCGCUCCAGCUUCAUGGGGCGGACGCUUCUGGGGAAGAACACAAUGCUCCACAAACACCGACGGCAAAUUCUCCUGCGCCACCGGAGACUGCGGCUCCGGAACCCUCGAAUGCUCCGGCUCCGGAGCCACACCGCCAGCCACACUAGCCGAGUUCACGCUCGACGGAUCCGGUGGUCUCGACUUCUACGACGUCAGCCUCGUCGACGGCUACAACGUCCCCAUGCUCGUCGUUCCGCAAGGAGGGUCGGGACAGAACUGUAGCAGCACGGGUUGUGUCGUGGAUCUGAACGGGUCGUGUCCUUCGGAGCUGAGGGUGACGAGUGUUGAUGGUGUGAAACUGUCUAUGGGUUGUAAAAGCGCGUGCGAGGCGUUUAGGACGCCGGAGUAUUGCUGUAGCGGCGCGUUUGGGACGCCUGAUAAGUGUAAACCUUCGGAGUAUUCGUUGAUUUUUAAGAACGCUUGUCCACGUGCGUACAGCUACGCUUACGAUGACCAGAGCAGUACCUUCACAUGCGCUAAGUCUCCGAACUACGUUAUCACUUUCUGUCCAGCUCCGAACACGAGUCAAAAAUCAUCUCAAGAUCAAAACCAAGACACGAAACCGACGACACCACCUGGGACGUCAACAACUCCUUCCGGAGGAGGUACGACGUGGUCGCCGGAAGAUACAUCGAUGAUAUACGAAGGAGCUCUAGAUCAGAGCAAAGCAUCAUCACCAUACUCAUGUCAUCCUUCGUUAUAUGGAAUCACAGUCACACUCGCGCUGGCCUUUUGUCGGAUGUGGUGGCUCUUUUGACCUAACGUUGUUUUUGUCUCCCGCGGUAAACACUGAAUCAGGACAAUGUGGGCCCCCACUAAAGCCUUAUCUCUUCCCGGCCCAUGUGACCUUUUUCACUGAGAACGACGUCGCUGAGUGAGAGUUGAAAAAAGUUACAAGGGAAAAGCUCCUUACCCAAACUACAAGAUUACCCUUCAUGAGAGGAUUCUUGUUUUUGGUGAGGAACAUGUGGGGGGGGGGGGGAAAGAAAGUGGGCUGCUUGUGGACUUCAGAAAAGAUGGGAAUCAUAUUUGUUUAAUCUUUAAUAAAAUUAUUAAUUAGGAUUAUAAUGUAACGUACACUAUAUAAAGUAAUCUAUAAGUUUAUAUUCUGGAAAAUGGGGGAAUAUUUCAUUUGUUUUUUAUGUAGUGAUCUUGGUUGGCCAUUUGAAACAUUGAGAUGAAUAAUUACACUUAUUAUAUACAUGUGUUUGGUU